AGUUCAUUGUUAUGAAUUUCACAAGAAUUAAUAAAUUAGUGUAUACUCGUAAUCACAAUGUUUUCCAGUAGAACCGCAUAAAGGUAGACCUGAUAGGUUAUAUUGCUAGCAACAGAUCUGUUAGAUCACAUUAUUAACAAUCCCCUAGGAUCAGGACUAUUUAAGAGUUUUAUGAACACAAACUUUGAAUUUUUAAUAAAUUAUUACCUAUUUCACCUAAGAAUUACAUGCUUAGUGGAAUAGAUUAAUAGGAUUACCAACUAAUUUAAAAUUGAAUAAAUGAUAUAUAUAAAAAGAUAACAAUAAACCAUAGCUGGCAGUGAAUUUACAGAGUACAGAGAUAUAACACCUUAGUUGGGGGGAGAAAGAAUUGGUAUUAAUGCAGACUACUAGUCCCAUUGCUAGUAAUAUGCCUUGUCAGGUUGAUUUCCCUGUGGUCCCUCCUGGAUACCAUCAUUUUGUAUCUCAGGUGUAUUUAUCAAUAUGGACCUACUUUUUUUUUAUUCUCCCCUGUCAUCCCUCACUGGUGCCCCACUAUCGUGUACCGUUAGUGUGAGCAUGGUUGCCAUUCCAUUAUCAUGCAUUAAAAAAAAUACCUUAGUCCUCAAGAAUGACAACGUAUGGGGGCAUCAUAAGCAGAACAGUAUACUCUGUUAUGUCCAUAUGGUACUGCUCAUGUCUGCAGGUGACAGUUAUCACUUAGAAUCAGUUAUGGUGUCGACUUAACUUUUACACCUAUGAUUUUGGCAGACUCAUUUUGUCAAAAUGCUAAAGCCCGGAUGAGUGAGUUCUCCACAACAGUCAAUGAUAGUCCUUUGAUUGCACAAUUUGCUGCUAAUACUACAAAUGAUUUUGUGGAUGCCUCACAAUUAGUGUAUCCAUAUGUUGAUGGUGUUGACUUGAACUGUGGUUGUCCUCAAAAAUGGGCUAUGAAAGAUGGCUAUGGGUGUGCUUUAUUAUCCAAUAUGCAGACAAUUUAUGACUUAGUUAAAGGUAUAAAAAACUGUCUUCCGAAUGAUUUUAGUGUGUCUGUAAAAAUAAGAAUAUUAAAAGAAUUAAAAAGGACUAUUGACCUAUGUCAGCAAUUGGAAAAAUGUGGACUUACUUUUAUGACAGUACAUGGUAGAACACCACAACAAAAGAGUAGUGAUAACAUUGACACAGAUGCCCUGCAUCAAGUUUGUCAGUCUGUUAAAAUACCAUUGAUUGCAAAUGGUGGAAUUAAAUCAUUGUCUGAUGCAGACAAUUUAUAUGAUACAUUAAAAUGUAAUGGAGUAAUGGCAGCAAGUGCACUGCUCACAAAUCCUGCACUUUUUAGUGGAGCAAAUGUAACUCCACUGAGUUGUGUUAAAUUAUGGAUGAAUAUGAAAGAUAAGGAGUAUACUAAUAUUUCUUUUCAAUGUUACCACCAUCAUUUAGUGUUUAUGCUUGAAAAGGUUUUAACUAAACAACAAAAAAUAGUAUUCAAUCACCUCAACAGUUUUGAAGCUGUUGAUGAUUAUCUAAUUAGUAAUCUCUUGAAUGACUAUGAAGGCCCAACAGAAUUUGAGUAUAGCUUAGAAGAAUUUAUAUCAUGUCAAUAUCCUGAUGAAAUAACAUUGAAGCAUGCAAGUAAAUGUAGAGGCUGUGGUAAAAGUGCUUAUUAUUGUGUAUGUAAAAAGUAUGAUUGUAAUGCUACAGAUGGCACUUAUUUUACUUCAUAUGUAAAAGAUAUUGAGUCAUGUGAUUAUACUGGCUUUAAUAUAUUUGAUGAAACUGGUUAAACUAUAUAGGUACUGAUAUUGGCUUUAUAGGGAGAAGGGUUGGGGGGAGAGGGAUUGUUAGUAAUGGGAAUGUUAAUUUCCAAUUCUAACAAUAUCCCCUGUCAGGUCUACUUUCACACGGUUUCCUCUGGAAACCAUCGUGAUUAAUUCUUGUUGGAUCCGUCACAAUGGGCCAACUGAUCUAGUUUCACCUUCAUCUAUCACCACUUAAUGGUGCCCCGCCAGCUUAUACUGAUAGUGCAGGUGGCAUCACUAUUCUAUUCUCUCAUAUAAAAAAAUAUACGAAGGAGCGCUUCAACAUUCAAGAGGGCGCGUAUGAAAGGGGUACCGGGUAAUAUUAUUGUAAGGUGAUAAGGCCAUCUUUCGUCGUUAAUUGUCCGAAAAAAAUGAAGAACUCAAUAUAUAUAUAUCGAAUCCAGUGUGGGGGACAUCCAAACGGAUGGUGACUUUUUCCCACCAUCAAAUUACUGUUCUCAUCGGUUAUCAGGGACAGCGUCGUCAAAAACAUGGCUAGGGUCAUGGUUGCUAGUAACAUCCUGGCUCUGCUUAUUGCAAUUAUGCAAAGUAGUUAAGUGUGUGAAAUUAAAUUAAACUGUAAUUUACACUUACAAAGUGAAAUCAAAUUAUUCUUUUUAGUAUAAGUUUUUUCCCCUAAGAAACAUGGCUUUGAGGUGCCUAUACUAACAUACUGCUGUCAGUUUUGGUCCAUUUUUAUACCUGGCGGGAAGGGAUUGUUAGUAAUGUGGACUACCAGUUCCAUUGUUAGUAAUAUACCCUGUCAGGUCAAUCUCCACGUGGUUCCCCUUGGAAACAAUCGUGCUGAAUUUCAGGUGUAUUCAUCACAAUAAGCUAACUGACCUACUUUUUCAUCUUACCUAUUAUGUCUCACUGGUAUUCCGCCAGCGUAUACCAUUAGCGCAGGUGGGCUUACCACUCCAUUGUCAUCCAUUAAAAAAGAACAUUUUUGUGGCUUUUUUCGGUCCAUUGUUUUGAAAUAUUGUUUAGUUUUAACUGUUAGAAUUAAUUUCAAUAAGGCUUAGUAUCUGUUUUACCUAUACGAGUAUAACUAGUCUCUGGUUGUGAUUAUGUGUUUGUGGAUUUUGGAAGUAGGAGUACCAAUGUCAUAGAUCACUUCUAGAUAUAGUCAAGGUAAAAAAUAUACCAGAUGUUAAUUCAAACACAUCAAUCAUCAGAUUUUUUGCGUGAUACUGAAACUCGCUCUUUAUACGAUUAUAUUUUAUUUAAUAAAUUCCUAUGAUUUGCUAACAUCGCCUCUACUUCAGAUUUUAUAGUGUGUAGUUUUAUAGAUACGCCUCUAUGAUCUGAACCCCUUAUCAGGAGCGAAUGAAUACACUUUAUGUCUAUGCUACUGCUCAUGUCUAUAGGCGACGGCUACCACUUUCCAUCAGGUGGGCCGUCAGCUUGUUUGCCAUUCUAAGUUGCAUAAAAAAAACCGAACUCCUCUAUAAUUUGGAUGACUUCCUGGUCACGCUGUGCAGUGGUGUAUUAUUUAUUUUUAGAUAUCACUCGGUGCAUAAAUUAAUUCGUACUAUUGUGUUAAUUAAUUUAGGUUCUACACUACUACAUUAAAUGAAUGCUUGGAAUGGGCGGACGAAGUAGAUAUUUCCAUUCCAGAAAAAAUGCUAUUGCGUAAAUUGAUAGAUAAAGCUUUUUCUAUGUCACUCAAUACUCGGCGCCAUAGUACCAUAACAGAUUAUUUAAAUAAUAAAUACAAAUACAAAUGACUUUAUUGUGGAUCAUAGGUCAAAUUAAGGUAUUACAUGAGUUAAAUAGUAUCUCCAUGUCCUGCUAUAUAAGCGUACAAUAUUUUAAUAUUAAAAAAAUGUAAUAAUUAACAUAUAUUUAAAAUAAUAAUAUGUUUUUUCAAAACUAUAAUUUUUUCUGCAAAAAAUACCUUUAAUAAUGUAAGUAACAUACUGAAAAUCCGAACUCUCCAUAGAACCGAACAGCAUGUAAAUUUUGGGUAUUCGUAUAAUCGAGGCCCUACUGUAUGUAAAUAAUAUAUGUUAGUUAAAAUUUAAAUUAGUUAAAUAAAAAAUUGUAUAAAAUAUUGUAAUGAUUAAGUACUGUUUUUUUGUUGUAAUCUUAAAAAAUGUUGUACUGGAUUUUUUUUUAAUAAAUACUUGUAGUUGAGUA